AGUCCUUUCUUUUUCUGCUUGUCCUUCCCAAUCGUAUCAUUUCACGAAUCUGAGAUGCUUCCCGGCAGAUGCAGAUUUUAGGCGAGCAAAUGCGCGAGGAGGUCGUAAGCUUUCCUCGGCAGAGCAGCAGCAGCGAUGAGAAACUCAAUCUGCACGUCGGUGGUACUCGCUUUCAUCUUCUACAACACAGCCUUAGCAGCCGCGAACGAGGAUGAGGAUGGCUCUGAGAGGGACUCUCCAAAGCCCGGCCACUCCAACUUCUUGAGAAGCAACUAUCUCUCCGGGAGCCAGCAGUGGCAGUUCACUUGGUGCGCUCACAAUGCCAGCGUCUGCAAGGAUCCGGCAAAGUUUCCAUCGGGUGGGACGAAGUGCUGCUGGAACAGGUUCUGUGUCGACACUAAAGUGGAUCCCAGCAACUGUGGAGGGUGUAACAAGCCUUGCACGUAUGGCUUUAGCUGCUGUGCGGGGAAGUGCGUGGAUUUGCUCCGCGAUCGAAAGCACUGUGGGAGCUGCGACAAUGUUUGCUCCAAGCACAACCAGUGCGAGUUUGGGCUGUGCGGAUACGCGAGCUGGGAGAAGAAGAAGCCGAAGAACAAGAUGAAGGCCUCUCCCCCGGCCUCUCCAAAGUAUCCCUGGUAAGCGUGAAGAACAACGCAGCGUGGAUUUCCAGCCAUGAACAUAGAAUUCGAUGGAUGGUCGAUAAAAAUUCUCGUGGACGAAUUUUAGUGUGGGAAUGUUAUAAAGUCCGUGACAUUUUUAUUUUC